CGGAUAUGCGUGACCUGGCAACGUCCAAGUCACAUGACCUGGCAACGUCCAAGUCACAUGACCAUGCGGUCCAGUCACGUGCUAGCAUGAAGCCGGAAGUGUCAGUUUGAGUGUCAACAUGCUACCAGACGACGAGGAAGACGUGUCUCUGUUUGACGCCCAGGACGAUACAGGAAGUCGACCUCCCAGGAACACACACACCAAACAUCCAGUGGCGUGCUUCUUCCACGUGUUGUUCCGAGUGUGUGCCCUCCUGCUCUACUUGUUGUGUGACCUACUCAGCAGCAGCAGCUUCAUCGCCGCCAUGGUCGCCAUCAUGCUGCUCCUGUCAUGUGACUUCUGGGCAGUCAAGAACGUGACGGGCAGGCUGCUGGUGGGUCUGAGGUGGUGGAACCAGGUGGACGAGGACGGACAAAGCCAUUGGGUGUUUGAGUCCAGGAAGGGGACCAGGAGCGCACACCUUUCUGACUCGGACUCUCGCAUCUUCUGGCUGGGACUGAUCGUGUGCCCGCUGGUGUGGGUUCUGUUCGCCUUCAGCGCCAUCUUCCAGCUGAAGAUCAAGUGGCUGCCGGUGGUCCUGAUGGGUGUGGUGCUCCAAGGAGCCAACCUGUACGGGUACAUCAAGUGCAAAGUGGGAGGGAAGACUGACCUGAAGAACAUGGCCACCAACUACCUGGGCAGACAGUUCCUCAAACAGGCUCUGUCCAAAGAGGAGGAAUCCUAACAUCAGAAAGACAUUCCUAUUUGAAAUCCCCUCGUCCUCCACAUAACUUAUUUCCAUUUUAAAGAGGCCUGGUGGUCCUGACCUUAGUCAAGCAGGUAAAAGUCAUGUGACGUACAUCAUCUUGUCUGAAACUUACAUCAAUAAAUAAGUGACAUUUCACCAUCAA